UUUCUAAGCGCCCGCUAGAGGAAGACAACCGCCUCCUCCAGACCAGAUGGUGGCAGUAAGUAAUGCUACUUUGUCUUUUGCCUUGUCAAGUGGCAACAAACCCCGGAGGAAGGACGCGGGCAAUUUACUAGUGCAUUUGGUGCAUUAUUAUGUCACAGUCAGCGAUGCCUUCAGCCCCGGACUCCCCAUCUCUGAGCGUGACCGUCAGCGGGAAUGUGCAGAAAUACAACAUCAAGAAGAAAAAGGUCUUAAAUGCGGAGGAGACUGAGCUGUUCGAGCUCACUCAGGCUGCUGGGAUAGUCAUGGACCAAGAGGUUUUCAAAAUCAUAUUGGACCUGUUAAAGAUGAACGUUGCUCCUCUGGCAGUCUUUCAGACCUUAAAGACCAUGUGUGCAGGGCAGAAGGUCUCUGAAACAUCCACUGGUGACACAUCCACUUCGUCCCACACUGCCACUGCACCUUCAGAGUCUAGAGAAGAGGAGGGUGUGGUCUCAGGAAAGAGCACUAAGACUGCAGCACCUCCCUCUGCGUCUGUGUCCCGCCCACCUAGGGGAGGGGCUAAGAUAGUGGUCUACAGUGCGGGUGACACGAGUGCUCCCAUCUCUCAAGUACGCAGUAAAACAAGUUCAGGGCAGGGGGAGAAAACUGCAAGAGAUGGUUCAAGCCAGCGGGUGCCACGGCAGGUCAGCGCCACCAGGGGGCAGAAGAGCGCCAAGAGCUCAGGCAGCAGCAGCUCGUCUUCUCUGCUCACCUCCAACUGAAGGUCUCCGUGAAUUAAACAACAUAUACUAAGCUUGCUGAAAAUAAGCGCUUUUUUUCAGUUGGAGAAGGUUCCUGUAGAAUCGGCAAAAACUUUUGCACUGUAAACAAAACAGUUAAGUUGUUUUAGGGAUCUCCUUUGGGAUGUCUUCAGUGUUUCUUUGAAGACUUCUUUGCAUUAAAUUUGCAUCUAGCCCAGAGAGACUAUAGCUGAAGUAUGCCUUUUUUUUCCAUGGUUUAUUUUACACUUUCACACCAAAACCAUUUGAGGAAACACAGAAAAUCUUUUGCUAUCUUUAUACCAUCCACUUUCUAAAAUCCAGCAGCUUGGGGCUGCUGUGAACCCCAUCUGUCUUAAACCGUGCUUGUGUAAGACACUCAACAUUGUCUUUAUAGACUGUGAUGUAUAUAUGGGCUUUAUUUUCUGUUAUUUUGAUAUGUGAAAUGUGCUUUUUUUUAUGCAUUCUU